GGAAAAGGCUUAAGAAUGAGGCAUUCCAUGAUGCUGCUAUAACUGCUUCAACUAUAUGGAAAAAUUAUUUACAUACUGAGCAGGAAUGCAACAAACUAAUAUUCCACUGUUUGGAUGCUGAAUUGACUGAAUAUGAAUUGCGUGAAAUAGUAAAUCUUGCAUCAAUUAAUAACUUUAUUGAUGAGAAAGCUGAGAAAAGCAAAAGUGAAAAUGAUAAUACAUAUGAUAAUAAUUUGUCUGAUGAUCUGUCAAACUGGGGUAAUUUAAUUUUGGAAGAAACUGUAAAUUUGAAAGAUCCAAUUUUUCAAGAAAAAGAUUUCAUACUAUGUGAAGUUUCAACUAAUACCUCAAGAGUCAAUAAGCGUAAAACCCCUGAUGUAGAGAUCGAACCCGAAGAACUUAUAGAGGAUGGAUUUAUAAUUAAAGAUAUAAAUUUUGAUGAAACAACGUCGAUACAUAAAUCGAGGAAUCAAGUAAUCUUAGAUCUUGCACUUGAUAAACCCUCAGAGUCAAUAGAAAAAUCCUUGGAAUCGAGUGAUUCUAAGCUUGAUAAAAUUGAAGAGUUUAUUCGAUCUGAUGAAGACAUAGAACACGACAGUACGAAUGAAAGUGGCUAUUUCCACUAUCAAAAUAAGGAAGCACAAAUAUUUUUAAUUCAUGAAGGAAAAGCUAAAAUUUCGGCUUAUUUGAUAAUGGGUAACAUCGAUUUCAUAUUCUAUGCUGCACUAGAAGUUUCGUUUUACAAAAAAUACGAGCAA